UCCAGGAGCCCCUGCCCGGCCAUGCCGAGCCCCACAGGCAGGUGGCCAGCGCAGGGAAGGCUCGGCCGGCCGGGGGAGGACCCGGUGUCCCCGCCACGCCUCCCGGCGCCCCGGAGGAGCCGCGGGAUCCCGGCGGGAUCGGGCGCGGAGCAUCGCCCGGCGGGAUCGGGCGCGGAGCAUCGCCCGGAGCGCACCGGGAGCCGCGGGCAUGGCAGGCAAAGCCCACAGGCUGAGCACGGAGGAGAGGGAGCAGCUGCUGCCAAACCUGAGAGCCGUGGGGUGGAACGAGGUGGAAGGCAGAGACGCCAUCUUCAAAGAGUUCCACUUCAAGGACUUCAACCGGGCCUUUGGCUUCAUGACCAGAGUGGCUCUACAGGCAGAAAAACUGGAUCACCAUCCCGAGUGGUUCAAUGUGUAUAAUAAGGUUCACAUCACCCUGAGCACCCACGACUGCGGGGGUUUGUCGGAGCGAGACAUCAACCUGGCCAGCUUCAUCGAGCAGGUGGCAGCUUCCCUGGCCUGAGCAGGGAUCCACGCAGCCACAACCCCACUGUGCCACUGUGUCCUGCCUCCAGAGCCUCUUCCCACUCCCAAGCUAGAUCCUGGUUCCAGACAGCCCGACGCCUCGCCAGCCCCCCAGUGCAGCUCAGAUGGAUGGAGGCACUUCUCAGGGUGCACGUGUCCAUCUCUGAUCUUGCAGAUUCCAUCCUUAAAGCCUUAGCUAUGUGAUCCCACACCCCCAGCUGCUGAGCCCCUUUCCAGGAGUCAGUCAUAUCACAGAGUCACGGGAUAGUUUGGGUUGGAAGGGACCUUAAACAUCACCUUGUUCCAGCCCCUGCCAUGGCAGGGACACCUUCCACUGUCCCAGGCUGCUCCAAGCCCCAUCCAGCCUGGCCUUGGGCACUGCCAGGGAUCCAGGGGCAGCCACAGCUGCUCUGGGCACCCUAUGCCAGGGCCUGUCCACCCUGCCAGGGAAGGAUUUCUUUCCAAUACCCUAUCUAAACCUAUUCUGUGUGAAUCCAUUCCCCCUUGUCCUGUUACUACAUGCUCUUGUAAAAAGUCCUUUGUGUUUCUUGUCAGUGCCUUCACGCACUGGAAGGCUGCAGUGACAUCACCCCAAAGCCUCUGUUCUCUGGGCUGAACAAUCCCAAUUCUCUCAGCCUCCGCUCACAGCAGAGGUGCUCCAUCCCUCUGAUCAUCCUGGGACCUCCCCUGGUCUCGCUCCAACAGGUUGAUGUCCUUCCAGAGCCAAGUUACACCACUGCACCAUAAAUCUGCCCCCAUCCUGCCCCAUCACUGCUCCUUACCUCCUGGAAUGUGCUUUCUGCCCAAAACCUGUUUUGUGACCCCUCUGGCUUCUCUGUACCCAAGCAGCAGGGUGCUGUGCAGUCUGUCACUGACCCCUCUCCAGCAGUAUUACAUCAGGCACGUGGUCUCACCCCAGCCUUUCACAGGAUACCAACUGAAAAUGUUUACAAUAAACAUCUCAUUUAACCUGAUGGCUCUUUGCAAAGAGGCCUCACUGACCAAAUGACACCAACAGGUUUCCCCAAAGGCAGGUACUGCCCUGACUGCUCUCAAGGUGCUGCUGCCACAAAAAAACUUCACAGAAAUGGCAGGUGCCUUCACCUCAGAGUGACUGGGGUCUGAAAGAGUAAGAGAGAUCAAAGCCAGGGCAGGUAAAAACUGCUCGUGUAAAAUCACAGCUGUGCCAAGGCAGAAACACAGGGAAAGGACAACCAAAAGGCACAACAGCAGCAUGGCACCAGGGCAGGGGCUGCUUAGGGUGGAAUACUUCCCAAAAAGAGGUUGUGGGUGGAUUUGGUGGUACAGGAUCUUCACUGAUCAUGUGAAACCAACAGCAUUUGCUUUCAGCACAACAGUCUGGGGAAAAACACUACAAACACCCAGCUCAAGUCUUUUUUGCUUCUCUUUUUUAACCCUUUUAAGUUCUACAAAGUAUUAAUAGAAAAUCCAUAGCUCUUAACUUCCAGCAUCCUUGAACAUCACACACAAGAUGCAGACACAGACACCACCUUCAUUUUGACAGAAGGACAGAGCAGCCCUCAGGCAGAGUUAGUGAGAUUCAUAAACCAUCCUCCCUGCCACAGACCAGGCUGAGCAUGAGCAAAUUCCAGGAACAACAGGUCCACAUUCAUUCAAACAAGCACUGAAGCAGAAAAAUAAGAGCUCAGUGAGCCUAGAUAGCUAAAUGCACCAUUUUAAUACAAACCAGGCCCAUUUUCACCAUCUCUCCAGCUAUUUCAGCCUCCAGUUCGACCAGGGGCAAAUCAGAGCAAAGCAGAAAACUGCCAUCAGAUCAACUCAUCCCACUUGUCCAUUAAAAAGUCCUUGUGGAUUUAUUGGGCAAGGUAUUAUUGUGUUGUACGCAACCCUUCCGCUCCCCUCUCCCCCAAGUCAUCAGAAAAGUGCAGAUGAAAUCCAUGGCAUGAAGACACACAUCUCUUCUUGGUCCAUCCCAUUGGAUAUUCUUCAUUCUAGUACCUAAAAACAGGUGAAUCCCUUGGGAGUGCUUUGUACAAGCAACAAAGUGAGUGUCCUGCUUGGAAAACUAGAAAAUCCUGCAGGAAUUAACAGUGGCAAGGAUCCCUCCAGGUCUAAAAGUACCGUCCAGUUGCAGAUCAUAAUCCAGUUCAUCAAUUUCUUCUCUUUUUUGUCAUUAAAACAAUCACACAGCCUGUAAAUCCGUAUUUCCAGGACCAUUUGGCAUGAUAAAGUAGAUGCAGAUUACAUGUUAGGUGACAAGGAUAAAUAAAAACUACACACCAGGGAAUUACAGUGGCCUGCUCCCGACCACAGGAUUACAUUUACAGUACAGGACAAAUACACAUGGAACAAUUAAACCCACAAAUAUUAUUAAUAAGCAAAGCCCAGAAUAGAAUACACUGACUUACAAAUAACAUCUUCAAAUACAUCCAAAAAUGUGAAAUGGAGCACUGAUCUGUUAGAUCCACCUACUUCCUGGGAGGAAAAUGCAACCAGGGAAGGAAGAGAAGGGAGUUUCGCUCUCCUUCAGCCCACCCCAAUCCACCCCUUCUUUCUUUUAAAGCAAAAACAAAAAGAGUACCUCCCUUUUUUUUUGUUUUGUUUUGUUAAAUCUCGGUUCCAAAGAGAACCAUCACAGUAGCCAGACACUGAGGACUGUCUCCAAACUCAGAGAUACAGUAAUGGUCACACUGGCAAGACCUUAGAGAAUAAAUAGGUCCAACACAAACUGCCAGAGCUGAUAUCACCAUCAAGAGACUCUCGGGCAAUUCAAUGAUUUCAAAAGGGCUCAGAGACUUGCAUGAAGUCACCAAGCUCAGGGCAGAUGGCCAAAAUGCUUGUGUCUCCUAGCACAGGGAAUAAAGCUGUUGGAAAGCCAGGAUCCUUCCCACAAUUGCUGGGCUGGUCUGUGCAGGAGCUGGUCAAUGACCUUCUCAUUGCUUAAAAUUCCUGUGCUACAGCCAGGGUCAGCUUCAGGCUAACAGGCCAGAGCAGAGAGAUGCCUUCAGAUGCCCUGCACAGAACUGUGCAGACACGGCAUGAAAUCUUCACCCACGUGUGGGAUUCUGCCUGGGAAACUCUGCUCCAUGCAAAAAGCUGAGAGGAAACAUGGGAAAGCCCUGCAGGAAUAACUCUAAGGCUACUUGAGAGAUUCUGGCUUGCCCUUGAGGCCACAAGGCUGCGCUGGGAAAACUCUCUCACCCUAAAAACAGUGGGGAAAAAUAGGAAGGCUGAGCCACGUGCCCAAGGCUGGAACAGCUCCAACAUGCUGCAUCCUUUCCUCUGCUUCUCCCAGCAUCUUUGUAAUACUGUGAAGGGACUUGGCUCAUUACAAACUACUAUCCUACCUAACAGGCAAGGGUGCUUCCUCUGAGGCCAGCCUGCCUUUGAGGUUUGUUUUCAGAAUUAGUACCAUAAAGAAACGACCACAACCAAGGUCGUGGUCAAACAGCUGAACCCUCCAACCCUCCCUGGCAUGCCACAAAAGAAAAAGCCAGAGAAGCAUCAAGGCACAAUGGUGAAUGCCCUUUUGAGAAUGUGCCUUAAAAGAAUCAGUGCAAAGAGCUGAGAUUACUGCUAUUACAAAAGUCACCUUUUUGAUACUAAAAGACCGUGGUAAAAAAUAAACCGUCUGCGCACGACGUCCCUGGCUGGCUCUGCUACAGCAUCGUGAGGGGACAGCGUAAAACCUUCAAGUUCUGAACAGUGAAAUGAGCUUUGCACCUCUCUCCAGAUUUGUGCAAGGGAUCACAGCACUCCUGGGUGGUCAAUGCAUGUCUUCUGCAAGAGGCAGGGGAGCAGAACAGCCCCGAUGGACCCGGGGGUUUCAGUACCAUCCAGUUCCUCUCCCUACACCACCUGCUUGGUUUCUGCUUCUGCUGUAGUUCAAGAGAUUCCAGAAAAGGAUUUUGUGUUGUUUUUUUCUCCCCCUCAGCAGAUAUUGAUUGCAGUCUCAGAUUUCAAAGGGAGGCCAUGACUACCUUCCCUCUGCCAAUUUAUCACUCUGCAUUACACAGCUAUAAGGCUCCCAGCACGGUCUGUUAAAUGCAGCAGCUUACAGCAAUACUCAAGAGAAAACAAAAUUUCCAAUUUACUGUCUGCCAUUAGCUUCCAGGAAGACUGGAGCUGUGGAGCACAAUGUGAGAACUCAAAUUUAACACUUGGCUGGACACUGGCUGAAUACCAGGUCGGAGAAGGAGAAACAACAUGGAAUGAAGGGACGUGCAGAGUACCUGAGGAAUUCAGAGCUGUGGAAUGGACAUUCAAUUCACCAUCAACAGCCAUGAUGAAAACAGGCAGGGGGGAGG